ACUGUGGAAAGAGUAAGAAAUCAAUUCCGUUUUUCUAGUGCGUUUGCCUGGUGUUCUCUUCAGUGACAACAGGUCAGUAAGGACUGAAACCUGAAACCAUGGCCCAGAACAUGACUCUGCUGUGGGGCUCCGGCUCUCCCCCCUGCUGGAGGGUGAUGAUCGCUCUGGAGGAGAAGAACCUGCAGGGCUACAACCAGAAACUGCUCUCCUUUGAGAAAAUGGAGCACAAGUCCCAAGAAGUGUUAGAUAUAAAUGCCAGGGGACAGCUUCCAUCUUUCAAACAUGGAGACACCACGGUGAAUGAAUCCUAUGCAGCCUGUUUUUACCUGGAGAGCCAGUUUAAGUCUCAGGGAACCAAACUGAUCCCAGACGGCGCUGCAGAACAAGCCCUCAUGUACCAGCGCAUGUUUGAAGGUCUCACAUUCUACGAAAAACUCAACGCUGUAAUCUACUACACCUGGUUUGUCCCUGAAGAAGAGAGGCAUGACUCGGCUCUGAAGAGAAACAAGGAAGCUCUGACCGCUGAACUCCAGCUCUGGGAGGGCUACCUGCAGAAGCUGGGCUCGGCCUCUAACCUGGCAGGACCGUCCUUCACUCUGGCCGAUGUGACCGUUUUUCCAACUGUUGCUACUCUGUUCCAGUUCGGGCUGUCUGCUGAGCGUUACCCCAAACUGGAAGAGUAUUACGAUCUGCUGAAGGAUCGCCCCAGCAUUAAAGCCAGCUGGCCUCCUCACUGGCUGGAGAACCCCAAGGGACAAGACGAUCUGAAAGACAUCUGAGAUCCUCACAAACACUCCACAGUCACUCCUGCUUGUGAUGCUUUUGCUUUUUGCAAGACAGCCCUUUCAUUUUCAAGAAAAGAAACAGUGUUGAGGUUACGAUAAGAGAUAUGAGUGUUCCAAGAGCAGAAAUGUUUUGUUUGUUAAUCUAGUUUCCUAUAUUUAAUUCAAACGCCGUGUUUCUGUGAAAUCUUUGACAAAACAUCAGUUGGUAAAUGAUAACAGAAUAAUCUAUCAUUUGUAUAUUAGUUACUCCCCUGUGUUACCUUCACUUCUUGAAUAAAACCUCGUUCUGCUGCGAUGGUAAACGUAACAUUUUAAAACAGGGAAAAUGUUGAUUUCAUUUAAGGAAAUGGCAUGUUGUUCAAUAUAAUCCAACUCUGAUCAGCGAUGCAAAAACAACAAUGUUUGUUUGUGAAUUUAAGGUAAAACAAGAUCAGUUUUUGAUAUAAAAUGGCCAUUUCUAGUGUCAAGAUGUUCCCCAAACUGCAACACGUGAUGCUUGCACACUGAACUAGGAAAAGAAGUCACUCAUCAUUAAGGUAUUAUUUAGCAUUGAUGCCAAGAUAAAAGUUUGACUCACAUCAAUAAGGAUUUAGUAAUGCAUUAUCACACCACUAUAACAGCACUUUAAUCAGUUUUUCUAUGAAACCACUUGUUGUAGUUGAUUGGGUUUGUACCUAUUUUUGCACUAAAACUAACAUGUCUUGCAUGCAAUUUCAAGCCUUAUAUACUGCCUCUACAAUUCCCCUGGGAAAACGUGACUGCUGGAGAUGUGAUGUCUAAGAGUAAGGAUGUAUUAAUGUUUAAACCUUACUGUUGCUGAACAUUGAAGAAACCCAAUAAAUCCCACUGUUCAAAUUCAA